AUGCUAACUGCGAAGAAGAAACUGGAGAUUGUCAAGGAGUACCUCCGCGAUGGCACGAGUGUUAACUUUCUUGCGAAGAAGCACGAAGUCCAAGGGAAUCAAAUUCAUCGAUGGAUCGCAGCCCACGGCAAGCUGAAGGAGGUCGUCGCGAGGUCACUGUCCCUCGCCACAAUCCACAGAGGCAAAGACGUGGCAAGACCUGAUGUUGAGGACCAAGUUCUUGAGUACUAUGAGCACCUACGAGAUAACGACAUUGCCAUCAGCACAAAGAUGCUCAUACUAAAGGCCCGCAAGCACUCGACCCAACAUUUCAUGGCGCGAAACAAAGGCUCUUACCUCGUGGGUCUACCAAUUCCUCCGCCGACACUCGCUUAG